AUGGCUGCUCCAUCAGCUACCACCACCUUAAUGACCUUCCUCGUACGCACGCCUCCAACCACCCGGUCCGUCAGUCUGUUUGGGUCCUGGGACAACUUUGCCAAAGGAUACCGCAUGGAGAAAGACUCGCGCACCGGCAGAGGCCACUGGAGAGGAUGCCACACUUUUACCAAUAUAAUAUGUGACGGCCACGGGAACCCGAUCUAUCCAGGCCGGGAUGGCGGCUUGAAGAUGGGGGGAACAUAUUGGUACUAUUACAUUUUGGACGGUGACUUUGACUUCUACAAUGAGUCUGAGGCCUGGACUACUUCUUGUCCUUUACUUCCCGGACAGCCACUCAACGUGCUUAAUGUCCCUAUAUACCUGCCUCCCUCAAUUACUUCCCAUGGCCGCAACGAUAGCACGAGCUCUCAGCUGUCUGUCCAGCAAACCAUGAACCCGGAGGAUAAGUAUAUCAACCCAAGGCCGCCGCCGCGCCCUCAACUCCCGCGUCUGGCCACUUCUCCAGCUGCUCUUGCACCGCAUGAAGCCCGUGGUUCUCCCAUAUCACCGGCGGGCGCACAUCCCACGCACGGCAGAAGCUUCUCCCAACCUCGCGCGGCCAGUCGUAAGUUUCGAGUCGGUGGGAAGCUGUCUCUCGAUCUGAAACUGCCCAUGAGCAGUCUGGCUCCCAAAUCCUCUGGUCUUCGCACUGCAUUUUUAAACCGUGUGUCGCCUCGUUCCGCGAGCCAUGAGAAUCCAGAGAAGUAUACGAAGCAGGGAACACCAAUGCCUGAGAUAGGCUUGACCAGGAGCACGCCCGUUGCCAGCCCUGCUGUCCCCAAUAAUCAGUCCAAGAGCUAUUAUCUACGGCCAGAGUAUCCCGGCACAUACUCGUCCUCAUCUUCCGCUCUGCCGUCUCCGUGCGGCUCACCGGCCGACCUUGUCAUCGACGACAGGCUCCUUGCUGCUCCUGGUUUCGAUUAUAGCAAUGAUAACAGUUCGGGCCCGUCAUACCCUACCAGCCAUGGCCAGAGCCGUUCCAGGUCCAAGAGUCCAGCCCAUACGCCUCUUAGGAAUUCUAUAAAUUAUGAUGCCAGCCCCAAAUCUUCAGACACGAGCAGCCGAACGUUAGAGGUCCCCUGUAAGCUUGACGUCGCUCCCUCUCCCACGGACCUGUACUCCAAACGUCUCCCUACGCUUCCCAACAGCCCUUCCUCCGUCUUAGAUGAAUCAUACGGCUCCAUGUGGACCUCCAACUACCCGCCCCUAGACCUCGAGCACCUACACAGUCACUUCUCAAAAUCUACGGUGGCCUCACGCCCCGACUCUCCAUUACUCCCAGGCGGCAGCCGAUUCUCUGAAUGCAGCACAGACACAGAAAUAGUGUCUCCGUGCUCCAUGACGUCCUCGUCGACAUUCAAUAAUGAGACGAAUUCUCCGGACAACUAUAACUUCUCCACAAGCACGUCGCUGGAUAGUAACCUGUCAAGUAUUGGUUCCGAGCACAACAAAGACGAACCGAUCUCCAAGAACUAUACAGAUUGUUUUGGGAUUUCUGACCUUCAUAUCGAUCAUCAGUCCAUAGACGGAGUCAAAGAUGAACCUCCGUUUUCGUGGAUGACGUCGGACCCUUUCAGCGAUGAGAACCCCAGCCGCGUCGCAUCUGGCAAAUCAUCGUUCGCCGUACUCAGUCCUCGAACGCAGGGGUUCAAUCAUAAUGAAGACCAUCCUGAUGUUACUAUCCAUAACAUGAUGCAAGAACUGAUUGAUGAAAUGAGCUAUCUCGGGGAUAUGAUCGAUGCUAGCCCCGAUCAGUUCUAA